AUGGUAAGCGAUGGUAAGGAUGUCUCUCUUUGGCAUGACUACUGGCUUCCAUCAGGGCCUCUCAAUACCAGAAUUGACCACAGCAUCAUUGCUUGCUCGCAAUGGGAUAAUGGGGCUAAGGUCCAAUGCCCCAUUAGACAUGAUCAGUGGAGAAUUCCAUGCUUGUUCAAAGAAUUGGUUCCCACCAUUGGGACUACAGAGCAUCUUCCUGUGCUGAGAAAUAGGUCUCAUGGCUCAGUUAUUUGGACUCUCUCUUCUACUGGUAGUUUCCACCUUGCUACUGCUUACUGUGCUCUUAUUUCACCUUCCCCAUCUAUUCCAUGGCACUUUGUCAUUUGGUUUUCUAAUCACAUUCCGAGGUUUUCUUUUAUUGCUUGGGUUGCUCUUAGUCACAGACUCAAAACUAGGGACAGCCUAGCUCUAGCAAAGAAGAUUGUUCCCAAUUACUGCUCAUUGUGCCUUGCUGCUGCUGAGAGUCAUCAACAUCUCUUUUUUAAGUGCAGGUUUGCUUCUGAAAUUUGGAUGUUCUUCCAACACUUGUGUGGGAUAUAUGUUAGAGACUUCAACUUAUAUGACAUAACCAAUUGGAGUGCAUCCAUGUGGAAGGAUGGAACAAAGGCGCCAGAAGCUUAUGUGUACAAGCUAUGCCUCACAACCUCUGUGUAUUUCAUCUGGAGUGAGAGGAAUAGAAGACAUGCCACGAACUAA